AUGUUGAUGCUGGCCCUGCUCUUUGUGGCAGCCUAUUCUUCCAUUCCUGCCGAGGCAGAAGUGUUGCAAGACUUUAAAAACUGCCUCGGGUUCUUCCUGGACAAGACUCCCCCAGAUGCGUCCCUGACGCCCUCCAACCCUGCCAGGAUCUGCCAGUUUUACAAGAACAUCUACCGUUACGCCACCAUGUACGACACAGAGAAACGCAUUCCCAUAUACUCCGCUUACAAGUGCAAACCUGGCAAGGGUCAGAGGUAUAACGGCUGGAUGAUAGAGCCCCAGCUUGUAGACCUGGCUUUAGGGAGAAGCAUGGAAGACGAGCGUGAAACCAACAUCGCUGCUUCAGGCGUUGCAAAGAACCAGGCCACAUUCAAAGAUUACGCUCAAGCCUUAAACACCGAAAAGGGGCACCUGAACCCCGUUUGCCACCAACCGGACGAAGACAGCCGAGCGGCCACCUCCACCUUGACCAACAUUGUGCCCCAGUUUAGCAAACUCAACGAAGACGCUUGGGCCACCUAUGAAGACAGUGUCAAGAAAGAGGCUCAGGUCUGCAAGGACUUGUACGUCAUUGUAGGAGCUGUGCCUGGGGAUGAGUACAUAGCCGAUGGCAGGGUCAACGUGCCCAGCCACAUCUGGUCCGCAGCCUGCUGCCUGCGUGAGAAGAACCGCAGAAACGCAUGGGGCGCCAUCGCGAAGAACAACGAGAACAUUGUCAAGCAAUACAACUUGGAGAAACUGAAGAAGGAGCUUGCUCUACUCUAUGGGAAGGAAAAGAUCGAUCCUUUCAACAAUGGAUGUAAAUAA